AUGAGUGCUACUCCUAUAAAUCCAAAACCAUUCCUAAAUAAUUUAAUAGGAAAAAAUAUUGUAUGUAGAUUAAAGUGGGGUAUGGAAUAUCGAGGAAUUCUUGUAUCAGUUGAUAGUUAUAUGAAUUUACAAAUUGCUAAUUGUGAGGAAUACAUCGAUGGUGGAUGUACUGGUAAACUUGGAGAAGUUUUAAUUAGAUGCAACAAUGUUCUUUGGGUGUCAGAAGGAGUUGGUGAAACUAAUUGA